AUGCGUGACUUUUUGACCAUCUUCGUGGGGAAGCUACAAAACACAGGCGUGCUCAACACUCUACUCUUCGGAAUCUCGACGGCAUUCCUUUGUGAGGGUGAGCUGGACAGCGAAGCUCCGGAAUCGUUGGUGUAUGCAUACUACGGCUCCCUCAUUGUCAGCAUGCUGUAUUUCGGCUGUUCCAUCCUCUUCUGCUUCAUUGGAGUUUCAAGCGCGUAUGCUGAGAGUAAAAAGUUUCUGCUCAAGUUUGUGCCGGACGUUCACGAUGCGUACAACUUCGACUACAUCUCUCAGCUUCUCGAAUGGGAAGGCAAGGGUGAGGCAUUUCGCGUGCCUUUCGCCAUGGAAUCAAGCCGUCUUGCAGAGAAGAAGGAGCGUCAGAGGCGCGCGACAGAAGCCACACACAAGGAUGCAGACCCUGAUGACUUCUAUGAGCGCUUCGAUGGCAUGAUGAGAGACUUCAAUCAGCCGACUAAGUUGGACUACCUCCACAAGGGCGGGACCAACACGCGCUUCUGGGGUGUCAGCCCUACGAGCGCUGAGUGCGACGAAGAGGUGGCAAUGCAUGAAAACAGUUUUUACGAGGUCAUCGGAAGAUACAACUUGCUUUGGGAGCCCUGUUCUCUAGCGAGCCAUGAUUCCAUGAUGCUGGGAGUUUUCGCGCUGUGCCAAAGCUUCGCAUACUUUUUGAUUGGACGUCAUAUGGACCGUUCGCUUCAGGACCGACUGGGAAUGUAUACUACCAUGACGAUAGCGGGUCUGGCUUUCGCGGGGCGACUCUCACGGCUUCUGACAGUGCAGUCGGAGCAGUCUAAGCUUGAGGUCCAGAACCGAGAAGAGAAGCACGAAGACUGCCUCGAUCGAGCAUACAAACUGAAGCACUGGGUUCUCAAGCUGCUAAUGUUACUGGGGCCGGCGAUGGUGACCAGUGGCGUCUUUUUGCGUGAUGAGACGUUGUUGCUUGCAGGCUAUGUCUUCCACGGAGCUCUGCAUGGCUACUUGGCCUUUUUUCUUGUCCGAUCUUUCCCAAGCCUGCCGAAGCAGAAGGGCCUGCCACCGCCGCGGGAGGAGAAGCUGCGGCGCUUAGCCGGCAAGGGAUAUGGAAGCAGGAAAGCCGAGAGUGAGCCCGGGCUGGAGGCACGGGAGUCACCAGAGCCGGUGCUUCGCCAGCUCCUCUUCGAGAGUGAGAAGAAGUCUGUACGGACCACGAUUUUCAUGAAGAGACUCUUGCUUAAGAGCCACAUCAUGGCUUGCCUGCCCUGGGCUUGGCUGACAGUGGGAGCCUUGCAGGCUAUGGCAGUUGAGGCUGGCAAUGGUCCGGAGGUCAGUGUUAUGGAGGUGAACGUCACCUGGGCAUCGCACGCCUUCUUCAGCGCCCGUUCGAUGACGUGCUCGCAAAGUGGCGAGGUCUGGAUUGCCAGCGACGACGGCGUGUUUGCGAUUGCACGUGGGGCAGACGGCGGUGGUGUGGAAAGUAUCGAUUGUCCAGCUUUGCCGCUUGAUGAGAACGUGAAGGAUAUGUCCGCCUUGUGCUCGGAAUCAAGCUGUUGGCCUGUAGUGCUUGGGGCGAGUGGCAGGCUCUACAGCUGCAAUCCCAACUCAGACGGAGUCAUGAAUCCGUUCAAAGAGCUGUCGGGAAUCUCCGGUUUUGCUUUGGCCGCAGGUGAGGGUUUCUACGUUCGGAAGAAUAAUGGUGUCCUGCACUUUCCGAGCCGAAAGUCUGUGGCUCGUCCACUGUCGGGUCUGAUUGGCUUCGACGUUCUUCCCAAUGCUGGAGGGGAGGACUUGUUCCUCUUCUCAGUAGACAAAGCAGCAAGCAUACGACUGAGGAGUUCAGCAAAUGGUGAGCUGCAGAAGUGGGCAUUGCCUGCCCAACUACCCCCUUUGCGUGCAGCUUGUGCCCUCACCCCAACCACGGUGCUGGCAGCAAUGCAGGAUCCAAGUUCGGAAGACCAUCCGCGGUUAUUUCGCCUCCGUUUAGACUAG